GCAAACCUGAAGCGCUUUAUGGAACAUGUUCACCAGAAGAAUGUGGAGAAGGUUUCCAAAUGGCUGGAAAAGGGACUGGACCCCAACUUCCACGACUCGGACACCGGGGAGUGUCCCCUGACGCUGGCCGUGCAGCUGGAGGACAGUGGAGAUCUGAUCAAGGUGCUGCGCUGUGGAGGAGCUCACCUGGACUUCAGGACCAGAGACGGGAUCACAGCGCUGCACCGAGCCGUGCUCUGUAGGAACAGCAGCUCCCUCAUUACACUACUGGACCUGGGAGCGUCUCCGGACUAUAAGGACAGUCGGGGUCUGACUCCUCUGUACCACUCAGCGAUGGUGGGGGGGGCGCCGUACUGCUGCGAGCUGCUGCUGCAGGACCACGCCAUCAUCGGGAUGACUGAUGAGAACGGGUGGCAGGAAAUACACCAGGCAUGUCGCUAUGGUAACGUUCAGCACUUGGAGCACCUGCUGUUCUACGGCGCCGACAUGAGUUCCCAGAAUGCAUCAGGAAACACCGCACUGCACCUCUGUGCUCUCUACAACCAGGACAGCUGUGCCAGAGUGCUGCUGUUCAGAGGAGCAAAUAAAGACAUCAAAAACUACAACAACCAGACUGCCUUUCAGGUGGCGAUAAUUGCCGGGAACUUCGAUCUAGCUGAAAUUAUAAAAAUCCAUAAAACCUCCGACGUUGUUCCCUUCAGAGAAACUCCCUCCUACACAAAGCGCCGUCGGCCGGGUGUCAGCCGCUCGUCAGCCGGAAACGGCCUCUCGUCUCCUCGCUCUCUGAUUCGCUCGGCCAGCGAAAACGUCCUAGAAAGUCCCGCCUCCUCGCCAGGCCCCUCCUUGCAGAGCCUGGAAACACACCACGACACACACACACACUCGCUGCGACGACACUCACGCCGACUCAGUCCGAGCGCCGGGGGCCAUGUGGGGGAGAGCAGCCCCCCCUCCUCCCCCCCGCAGAUGAGGAAGAGGAGGCUCUACAGUGCCGUCCCCGGACGCACCUUCAUCGCCACGAGGAGUCACGUCCCCCAGGGGCCCGGAGAGAUCCAGCUGCACCGCGGGGAGAGGGUCAAAGUCCUGUCUAUCGGAGAGGGAGGAUUCUGGGAAGGGAGUGUUAAAGGACGGACCGGCUGGUUUCCUGCUGACUGUGUGGAGGAAGUCCAGAUGAGGCAAUAUGACUCGCGACUGGAGACGAGGGAGGAUCGCACCAAGAGGCUUUUCAGACAUUACACUGUGGGAUCCUAUGAUAACUACACCUCCUACAGUGACUACGUGAUCGAGGAGAAGACGGCGGUGUUGCAGAAGAGAGAGAUCGAGGGAUUCGGAUUCGUCCUCCGAGGAGCGAAAGCGGAGACGCCCAUCGAGGAGUUUGCUCCGACCCCGGCGUUCCCGGCGCUCCAGUACCUGGAGUCGGUGGAUCAGGGGGGCGUCGCCUGGAGGGCGGGGCUUAGAACCGGAGACUUCCUCAUAGAGGUUAACAGCGCUGACGUGGUGAAGGUGGGUCACCGUCAGGUCGUCUCUCUGAUCCGACAGGGAGGAAGUCGUCUGCUGAUGAAGGUCGUCUCUGUUUCCAGGAAGUCAGAAUCAUCCAACAUCGUCAGGAAGAAAGCUCCGCCCCCUCCAAAACGAGCCCCAAGCACCUCACUGACUCUGAGAUCCAAGUCCAUGACCGCUGACCUGGAGGACAUAGCCAGGAGGAGACGCUUCGACAAACUGGAUGAGAUGUUGGCCGGAGGUCAACAGGAAGUGGUUCUUAGGGCCCGACCAGCAGAUGACUUUAGAGUGGCGACGGUGAAACAGAGACCGACCAGCCGGCGAAUCACACAGGCCGAGAUUAACUCGUUGUUUGAGCGUCAGGGUCUUGUUCCCCCCUCGGCUCCAGAGAAAAGCACCAUGGCUUUACCUCGAGGGAUGUCCAGAACCAAGAGCUUUGGCACACCUGACGACGACCGGAUCUCGGCUCUGAUCAAUGAAAGUCGUUUUCCUCGGAGCUCCUCGCUGACGGACGGCUUCAUCCCUCCCCCUCCUCAGAUGGCUCCGCCUCCUCCACCCUCCGCCUCCUCCUCCACCUCCUCGCUCUUCCUCCUGGACUCCGGCCCCCCCCCAUCGUUCCUCCCCCCUUCUCCCCCGGCUAGAGGGGAGGGGCUAACGCGCUCCAGCUUCAAGCCAGGGGCGGAGCCUAGGCUGGUGGAGCUCUGUGAUUCGCCGACGAGGAGCCACGCCCACGCUGAGCGCCAGAGGAAGGCUAGGUCGAUGAUCAUCCUUCAGGACACGCCUCCGCCACCGCCACUUCAGCCGGACGCACACUCUGGCAGCACACACGCUCUGCACACUGCCACACACACCGCCACACACACACUUCACACGGCAACACACACAUCUACGCUGUCGCUGCACAGCACAAGCCCCGCCCUCGGUCACUCGCCGCUGUCACGCCGCCGCGGAAGAGCAAUAGAAAAUCCGUACGCUAACGUUGGACAGCAGGCGCCGCCGUCCAAGCCGCAGAGGAGGAAGUCACCUUUGUUGAAACAACUUCCUGUAGAGGAGCAAGGAAUAAAAGACCAGGACCUAUUGAAACCGGACGGACCCAGCAGCCCCAGUCGGGCGGAGAUGUACCAGCAGCAGGUUCUCUCAGAGCGAGCCCGGGUUCAGGGUCGGAGGUCGUCUCUCUUCCUGUCUGUCGAAGGAUCUGGGUCAGAGAAUCAGGUGACACUCCUAACUCUGAGCCAUUCGAUGGACGAUCUUGGCGAGCUUCCUCCUCCAGCUCCGGUCCUUUCACCAUCACCGACGCCUCACACCUUCCUCCACCCACUGACCGGGAAACCACUAGACCCCUCGUCUCCACUCGCCCUGGCCCUUGCUGCACGAGAACGAGCGCUCACCGCCCGAACCCCGAGUCCAGAGCCUCGACAUAAACACGGAUCUGCCUCACCUAUCCCCACCCCUGCUGCCAGUCCAGACGGACGACACAAGCGCACCCCUAUCCCCACCCCGCAGGGAAGCCCAGAGCCUCGAUCCAAGCGCAUCCCCCCUCAGACGAGCCCAGAGCAGCGAACGAAGCGUACCACCCCUCAAACCAGUCCGGAACUGAGGCACAAACGCAUAACGCCGCCUUUGUUCCCCGACGGACCGGUGGAGCGUCCGGAAACCGAGGGAGGAGUUACAUCGCCUGCCGCUCCAUCGCCCGAGCGUUGGAGACCGACCCCUUUGCCACCGCUGGCCAAUGAGAGUCACGCCGCUCUGAUUGACAGGCGCAGGAGCCUAACAGUGGGCAGCUCCGAGGAGGAGGGUGGGGCUUAUACGGUAACACUCCCGCCGGCGUUAUUGUCGUCAAGCGAUGAGGAAACCAGGGAGGAGCUUCGCAGAAUUGGCCUGGUUACUCCCCCCGCUGCCUUCGCCAGCCCUCCCCCUCUUCCUCCCCCAUCCUCCCUCACCCUGUUGACUCGACGAGGCGGGGAGGGAGGAGAUCCUGACUCUCUAGGUAGACGAGGUGAUGAGGAUGAAAGUGACGAACGCCUACAUGACAGCUCUUCCCCCAGCUCCCUCCCUCCCUCCAUCACCUUGGCCUCCCCUCCUGAUCCAUCCUCCCCCUCCUCCCCUACAGCUACUCACCCAUCCCCUUCCUCCCCCACCACCUCCCCAUCUGUUUUGAAACCACGCCUUCGUUCACCGUUAGGUCGCGGUCGCUCCACGCUCCGUGAUCCUCUUCUGAAGCAAUCAUCGGACAGUGAGCUCCUCCCGUCAGCUGCCUUUUCCUCCUCCCCUUCCUCCCCUCUCUGUUCCUCACCCACUGGUGGAGGUGGACGUCAGCCUCGUUAUCUUUUCCAGAGAAGGUCGAAGCUUUGGGGCGGCGGGGAUGACGAUCGUCGGGGAUUCAGCCCAGAUGAAGGUGGCCGUCCAGCGGCAUUCGGGGGUCAAGUUGCCGGGUCAGCUGUGGAUCUGAGCAACCGGUCGUCUUCGGCUCUGGAGCUGAGCGGCCGGGCCGGGUCCGGACUGGAUCUGGUGAAUCGGCUACAGCUGCUCAAUAAAGACAGUCAUUCUCUGGGGGAGGAGCCGAGUCCCUUGGAUCCGGGCCGGAGGUCGCCAGUAGGAGGUGCCAGAUGUGUGGACAAUGGAGAGAGUAAAUCGUUGUUCUCCAGUCUCGGUGAGCUCCACACUAUUUCCCAGCGAGGAUUCGGCUCGGGCUAUACAGUCCGACCGGGAAGUCGAUACCCCGUGAUGCGCCGAAGCCCCUCCCCCUCUCCCUCCCCCUCCGAUAGGUCGAUAGGAAUCACCUCCUCCUCCGCCCCCGGCUCAGAAAGACCCGAUUUAAGCUCCGGUCGCGGUCUAACCAUCCUGAAGUCGUCCAGUCUCAGCCUCCCCUCCGAACCAAAGGAAGUUCGGUUCGUGAUGCGGAGCGCCAGUGCGAGAACACGCUCCAGAUCUCCCUCUCCAUCCCCCCACGCCUCCCCAUGCCCCUCCCCCGUCCUCAGCGGGCCUCUCUUAGCCCUGAGGCCAUGGAGACAGCGUCCACUCAACCUGUGGAAUAAAUACGACGUCGGCGAUUGGCUGGAAAGCGUCGGACUCGCUGAACAUCGCCAACGCUUCCAGGAGCACGAAAUCGAGGGUUCCCAUCUCCCGGCGUUAACGAAGGAGGAUUACGUGGAGCUGGGCGUCACCAGACUGGGUCACCGGAUCAACAUCGAGAGGGCUCUCCGAACGCUGCUGGACGGAUCCACUUGACCCCUGACCUGCCAACCCUUAGACACCCUGAACUGUGACCUCAUUACAGACAUUAAACACUAAACGAACGCCAUCUCUUUGACUAGAAACAUCUUAACAGUGAUUGAAUCUUUAGACCUUUUUACCAACGUGGAGUUUGUAUCUCCGAGUGAUCUUGCUGACUCUUUGGCUGAUCAGCUCUUUGAUCAAUACACACAGAGUGGUAGCACCAAGGUCAGUGUCCAGUGUCUAGCUUUAGUGGUACUUAUUGAAGUAAUUCAUUCACCCAGAAACCAUGUGUUUAUCAAUUACUCAUCUCAAUUACCUUGAAUUCUUGAAAAAGGUAGUUUUUGUCGGAAGCCUCCAUGGUGAACGAUGAAUUUAAAAUUAGAGACAAGUCUUGUUUAAUUGAAGGCUCUUUAACAAGUGGUGCAAUAAAAGUCUUGUUUAUCAACCCUACUUUCUAAACAUAGGACUUUUCUUUAAAAACAUACUAUUGAAAACCCUUUGGAAAAGUUGCACGCCUGCAAAAGUGUGUUGCGAUUAUGAAAGUUGUACCGAAAAAUAUGAAAGUCAGAUGAUGAUCACUGUCCAAGUUACAACUGCAUCGAUAAGUCGAUCGAGGGAAAAAAUAUUGCCUCUAACUAUUUCAGCGGCCAGUAUUUAGCUUUAGUUAUUUAUUGAAGUACUUAACCAAGAAAAUUACCGUUCUUUAAUCUUUCACCUCAAUGAAUUUGAAUUCUUAAAGAAAACUAUGUUUUUCUGGUAUGGUGAAUAGUAAUUCCAAAAUCAAAGAAAAGUCUUGAUGAAUGUAAGUGAGUAGGGGCCAAACAUAUCGGUUUAACAACCUCUCACCAACUUGCACACAAUUCGUGCAAUAUAACAGAUGUCUGAUUUAUCCAGGUGCUUGCUCACUAUUUCCAAAUAAAAGGGCUUUUAUCUAAAAACACUUUGGACUUUCAGAAAAGUUAAUUUAUUUGGUUUUGGCCUGAAAAAGACUUGGACUUUGAGUCUUGAUAACUGGAAAAGUUCUGAAGCCAGCUCACAACAUCCACAUCCGUGUUCUGUAGCAUACCGUUAGCAUACAUAACGUUAGCAUACUAAGCUAAUCACUGGACACAGACCUCUAUUGUUGUUAUCUAGAGGUGAAAGACAUGGAUCAAAGAGCUGAUCCGACAAACUGUAAACAAAUAUAAUGACGGGUUAUUUUCCUCGUGCCAUUCUGCUUCCCCGGGCGACUUUAUCUGGACGAUUAGCGAGUCUCUACAUCAAAAACCACGGGAGAUAUGUUGAGGAUAUAUCCUUUCUCGUGACUUAUUUUCUUCUGUUUUUUAAAUAUCACCCAUGACGAAUUUGUGUUUAUUUAGUUUUUCAUAUCUUAACGCUGAUCAUUUAGAAUUUAUGAAUAACAAGUAAUAAUAAUGUGGUGGUGAUGACUUUACAGAGUUUAUAAUAGUUUGGAAAAAUGAAUUUUUGAGUUUCUUAUGAUUUGACAAUGAGUUGAAUUUCUGAGGUCGUUGAAUUUGAAUUUUCGGCGGCGUUCUGAAACUCAUGAUGAUUUGUCAAUGAGUGUGACUUUGUGCUGAUGAUGUGCUGUGUGUUUCAGGGAGAGCUGCAGCAGAGCUCCAACUGGUUUCUAACCUGCUUUACCGAGGGCUUACUGUACAUGGUGCUAUCUGUUUAAAGCCAUCUGUACAGAACAAUACCUUCCUCCUUCCCCUCCUAUCCCUUCCUUACACUCACACACCAAACUCUUAACGCUAUUAAUCCUAAAUGAAUCAAUCAAGUGCGGCUAAAUCACCAGGAACAGGCCAUACAUGGAGUUUCCUCCCUGCCAUAUUGGGGAUUUUGUCCCUGCCAUACGUGGAGUUUCCUCCAGACCAUAUAAGGAGUUUAUAAUAGACGUCUUAAAUGGAGUUGCCCAAUUUUAAUAUGCGCCUGAUAUUAUCCAACAAACUGGUCUCCUACAAAAAAAACUGCAUUCUCAAUUACGUUAAUUCGCUUUAUGGGAAUUUGUAGCCAAUUAGUUUGGGUCAAAAAGACCUCAUCAUGAUAAUAUCACCCUAUUACAGUUUUUAACCAAAUAUUGCUUGGAUUUAACCAUUUUUUUGUUGGCGGGUAACCAAUUAGUCAACAAGCUAAUACUACAUCAUCACUAAAUAGUUUUGCCUUGCAAUCUUGAAAUGUGAUUUUCCGUUUUUACCCAUUUUGCACACAAUCCAGUGUUGUAUUACCCAGAUAUUGGUAUGUAAAGUACUUCCCAAAAAUUCAUCAAAUGAAUCGGAUAUAUCGCCCAGCCUUAUAAAAAAAAGCAUUUCAUUAGAAAUGAAUUAAAAAGCUAAUGCUAGCCUUUUAGCAUUGUUAGCUGACACCUUUUAUACUUAAAAUAAAGUUAAUUUAACACCAUUUCUCUAAAUUUUAAAUGUAGUUUCUACAUCUGUACCAUAAAGAAUAUAAAUUACAAGUGAAUUAAAUAUCUGAAGUCACUAAAAGGUGUAUUUCUUUAACUUUUUCUACUUUAAUUAGGAAUCUGAGUUAAUUAUGACUUUAACGGAGACACCUACGAUACAACAACUCCAUUAUUCCAAAUAUCUUCACACAGUAAUUUAACGACACAAUCUCACUGACAUGUUCCUCUUGAAUCCCCCCUUUCUAAAGCACAAUCAACUUGCCAGUGCCUGUUUCCACAAAACAACGAAUAUAACCGCGUUUAUAUAUCGCUUUUUACUCCCAGCCGAAGUACCUGAACUCGAGCCGAACCACAAUCAUGAAUCCCAAAGUUGUAAAAGUUCACGGUGCCAUUUUCCUGAGAGAGUUAUAGAUUGUAUAGUCUUUGUACAGCACAAUACAGUAGACUUUAUAGUCUGUAUAAUAUAUAUUAUCCUCGAAUAAUGUAGCUAUAGUGUAAUAUAUAAAGUAUAGUAAGAUGAUGAAAUGUAUACUGGAAUAUUUUGGUAGACUGAAAGUCUAAAAAGGCUUUUGUGAUAUUCAGCCUUUUGUAAACAGCCACACAUCAGCUGUUUAUCUUCAGUUUACUUUAUUAAUAAGUCUAAAUCCACUUGUAUGAGUUUAUAAAUGUUAUCUAUAUUAACUUUAUCAUGCUAUCCAUUUAUUGAAGAUCCAAAUAAUUACGGAGAUGGGGGAGGGGAGGGAAAAUAGACAAAAUCUCUGAAUUUGCCAGAUUAAAAUGUUAUAUUUACGAGUACAUUUAAUAUUUUCUGGUGUUAUAAAUCAAAAUUGUGUGGGAUGAAAAUAAGGGAUUAGUUAAAGGGGAUAGACGUUACAAAAUCCUGAUUAUUUUUUCCAUUUUUAAGGAGAAUUUACAAUUUUUUUCCUGCAAAUGUAUAAUUUUAUAAUCUCAGAUUUGAUCCGAUAAUUUUUCUCCUAAUUUUACCAUUUUAUUCUGGGUAUUUAAGAGUGAGGUUUUUUUUAAACUACCAAAUAAUGUGUAUUUUUGUGGGAGGGGUUUUGUUUUCUAAGUUUCCCAAUUAACACAAGCACCCUUGAAUUAAUUGACACAGCUGAUGUUGAAUUUCGAGGUAAACUUAAGACUGACUAGUUCGUACAAAGUGCUUCUCGUCCACUUUAGGAAAAAUGCGUCAAAUUGUACGUAGAAGUUUUACCAUGCCAUUGUUCCAAAAGUCCAAAUGUUUUACUGUGAUAUUCUGACCCUUAACCUAAAGAAUAUAAACUUUAAUGCGUAAUUACAACCAAGUUAUCAGUAAUGACCAAUUAGGGCUGGUUAGGGUUAGGGCUUUUGCAAAAUAAGGAAUCAGAAAUUGUGAAAUUCGAUGUUCUAAAUAAUGACUCCUGUGUUUGCGUUCAUCGCAGGGAAACUGAGUAUUUUGAGCAAUGGCCAUUUUGGGAACAAUGGUUUUUGGUGAGGUUUACGGGCUACUGGACAACUUUCAGAUCAUUUGGGAUUUGAAAUAAUGGGGUUUUAGGAACAAUUGUCGAAGUUCAAAGACUGCGAAUUUGCUCACUUCUGUUAACUCGGCCAAAUGCUGCUAAGGGAGGCAAACGUUUCAGAUUGUUGGUUUGGAAACGUUCUGAAAUUGUCCUGAUCUUUAGCUGACGUUAGCUUACCAAUAAAAACCACCACAACAUGUUUCUAAAUCCUCUUGAGAAGAGCUCGUGUGUUGCUGUUUACACUGAGUGAAUAUCACAUUGACACCCAUUCUGUACGUGUAGUAUAUAUUAUAAAGGACUAUAGUCUACUGUACAAGUUUUCCACAGAAUGAGACGUGGGCUGUCGCUUUCUCUGCAUUGUAACGAUGAUAAUCAGUGAUGGGGAGGUCAUGUGACCUCUUAACCUCUGACCUCAGGUCCCCGUACACUAAGACAAACAUGAGGUCAUUCAUUUGUUGUCGGAUUUCUCAGCCAAUCAGAAGCCAGCAAACCUAAAAUAUCUCUUGCGGGUGUUCUUCCACUGGGAAAGUAGUCCCUAUUUUAUUUUAAAAUUCUGCUUUUAAAAUCAAAUCAGGUGGUUCUUCUAAGAUGUAAACAUGGAUUACUUAUCAGGGAGAACUGUCUUCAGCUAAAUGUGUGUUAGCUAAUGCUAGCACCAUUCCCAAAGGAGAGAGUUAUGUGGCUAAUUAGCAGUGAUGCGAAGUACCCAGAGUGUGUUUAAUUAACUCCACCAAGGCCGUUUCAGUUAUUUCCAAUCAGUGUUUCAGAAUCAGAUCCGCCGCUAAAUGUAUCUUUAUAUCUAUGGGCCCCACGGAUGGAGAAACCAGGAAAGAUUCAGGGAAGAUUGAAGAAAGAUCUAGGGGAUAUGAAGGAAAGAUAAAUGGAAGAUCCAGGAUAGAUCUGGGGAAGCUGCUAAAACAGACCGUUAGAAAUACAUUUUAGGGUAUUUGGGGUAUUUUGAUAAUGUAGUUACAUACAGGGACACAACGACAUGCUGACUGCAGUGGGACUUGAACUUGCUACCCCCUGAUUCGAAGUCCAGCACUCUAUCUACUGAGCCACAGCUGCCCCACUUCUCACGAUGAAGUUCUACUACUUUUACUUACAAUCAAAAGACUACUUCCAUCGCUGCUAAAUAGAAAGCAUUUAUAGCAGUAAAUAUCAGAGCAAAUGCUGCUGAUUGGCUGAGAAUCCUGUCUUUUCUAACCUACAUGUGACACCUUCCUCCUCCUAAUGACACUCACCUGGUUAUUAUGGUUUAUUGUUACCUUCCUCCUCUUCCUCUUCCUCUUCCUCAUCCUCAUCCUCUCUAGCUUCCUCUUUUUACAGGAUGUUUGUAGUUUCUUCUGGAGUGAGUGGCGUGUGUGUACUUGUAGUUUUAUUUUCUUCCCUUUUCUAAAAACUGAAGAGCACACACAUGACAACCGAUGAGCUCUGCAAAACGCAACAGAUUGUAAUCUUUAUAAUAAACGGUCAUUUAUUACAAAGUUAAAACAC